AUGACGGCCCUGAAGAAUACGGAUGGAUUACCGGUUGACGAUAAGAGCGAGAUGGAAAAAGUUUGCGAAGACUUCUACACCAAGCUCUUUAAGUCUACCAGAAAUGUCCAGCCGUUACCACCACUCCAGCGGGAAGAAAAAGUGCCACCUAUCCUUGUCAGUGAGGUCGAAAGAGCCAUCGGCUUGAUGAAAAACGGAAAGGCACCAGGGAAAGACGGUAUAACAUCGGAGGUGUUAAAGUCAGGCAGAGAGCAACACUGGAAAAUCCUCGCUGAGCAAUUCACGCACUACCUUGACGAGGGAAGAACUCCCUCGCAGUAG